CGUAAGUCGAACUCCAUCACCGCCGAAAAACCAGUAAGAAACGAAUGUCCCUAUCUCCACUCUGUACCAGUAAACAGACGAAGGCCUCAAAAUUGCCUCUUCAUAGCCUUCGUUACUCUUGGCAGAGACAACUAUGCUUCCAGCUGAAAGCUGAGGUCAAGAGACGUGGCGGUAACACAGACCCUAUCGCGGAUUUUAAACCCCUCGACCACGUAGUGCGUAAUUUAUACAAAAGUUAUGAUUCGCGAGUUACGUACCUGAAGCAUCGUCCCUCCCUGUGUGGAUCGACGUUCAUCUAUCGAAUAACCAAGAAAUCUGCCAGCGGGAGCAGCCUUCCUUCGAUUUUAUCUUCAGCGCAGAUCAUUAGUACUCUAUACUUAGGUCUCGUGUUGGUUGACAGCAAUACAUAGCUGCGCAAUGAGGAAGAAGAUUAUGUUUACGUCGCUUUGUGAAUCGUUCAACGUGUAUUUGUGGCAGUAAGGCAACCUCGUUGAGUUGUAGGUAGAUGUGAAAGCCGCCUUGAUAAUCGGCCCUUUGAUGUCUACUACCAAUAUCAAAACUAAUAAAUUUCCCAGCACGAUGAAGUUACGAAGAAAUCCGAUCCCAACAGCAAGUUCAGGGAUAUCGCUAUCAUUGAUAUUUAAUUAAUCUUCCAUCGCGACGCUUGCUCAAAGCAUUGCUUAGAGCUACCAUCAUCAUGAAGCUCUUACGACUUGGGCUCGUCGCCUCUAGUGUCGGACUACCGUUCGCAUUCGGAGCGAUCCGCCGCGACCUUAACAAGAGAAAUGUCGAAAUAGCCCAGAUUGACCAUGACAGUCGCAUCGAUCAAAGAAGCCAGGAGAUUCUCUUCAAAGAGGCCGACUCCGACUUCGAAGAUGUUUUCCGGUGCGUCGGGGGUACCGGCAAGCGUCUCACAUUCGACGCAGACCAGGUAUUCGUAGCUUGCUGCGCGCCAGGUCAGAGACUGCUUGGGAGCCCCGAUACCGCAUUUGAUUGCUGUGCCGAGGGUCACGAUCUAGUUGGGAGCGACCAUACCGGCUAUAGAUGCUGCCCUAUAGGUCAGUCCUACGAUGGCAUUAGAUGUGGCUGGGUUUGCAGCAACGGGAAGGUUAUGGUGGAUGGCCAGUGUGUCUGUCCGCUGGGAACGAGUCCGGCUGCAGAUGGUGGCUGCAGGGGGCCAAUAGGUUGCGAUUCUGGCAUCACUACCGGAAAAUGCUACGUCUUCAGGAUGGAAAACGGCCAUACCCUCGGCUACGAUAGCAUACAGUUGCACUACAGCGCAGCCGACCACUCCAGCCAGCACCGUAUCGGGCGCUUCAAGAUCUGCGGGAACGAGGCCUGCACUAUAGGCCGCGCCGUGAAUCCCAACGACCCUGUACAUAUCAAAGACGUACAAGGAACGGCGCACCAGAGCUCAGAAAGUCAAGGGAGUCAGUGGCUUAAUGGAGCCUCGGACGGGAACCAUAUCGGAAGAACCCCUUUAUAUGGAGAUUCUGGCGUGUUCACACUUACGAAGUGGUCGUGUGGAAAGUACUGUCUUGGAGGUUUCGGGAAAGGAAUCAGCUACGCGUUCCCGAGCGAGACCCCUUCGAUCACCUUUACCUUGGACAGACAGGCAUGCACACCUAUCGAGAUUAUCGAAGUGCCCUGCGAUAUCCAUAAAGUCGAGAAUAAUUGCAUGUGGGAGAAGGUACCUGGGAGCUGUGGUCCCGGAGAUAGUAACAGUUGCCGCUGUUCUAAGACUUAGGGGUUCUACUUGCGGUGUAUAUAGGGGCAUUAGGCUGGGUUCGGGUUAUGAUGCAUUGGUGGUUCAUGGUUGGAGUCUGGUUUGGUUGAUUGGAUUUUGGGGUCUAUCUUUUAAGAUUUUCAUUUAGGCAUCUAGCAUUAUUCUCCGGUAAAUAGUAGCAUGUUAUAGUUGAAGGGUUAUCAUACACUUAGCAUACUCGUUAAAUAUAUCGUGGCUCACGGCUACUGGGUAUAAUAACUUACAACAGGC